AUGGAGGGUCCCCCGUGGCCGCCGCCGGCCACAGGGGGUGUGUCUGGAGGGGCUACGGCGUCCAGGUCCUUUGUCGACGUGCUCUCGGGGCCAUGUCGGCUGGAGCCUUCUGUUCCAGAUCUAGGUCGUUGCGCGACCUAUCGAGGUGAACCGGCGCUUUUAUUAUCACAGAGUGAUCUGCAAUUGCUUUCGUCUCCGUUCAGCAAUGCUUUGGUUGGUCGGUUUCCGUUUCGCCGGCCUCCAAUGGAGGUCAUCAGGGGUUUUUUUGUUUCACUGGGUCUCAAGGGAGAAUGUGAGGUUGGCCUUCUGGAUCUGAAUCAUGUUUUGAUCAGACCAUCUACUGAGGAAGAUUUUACUCGUCUGUUCGUGCGGCGCUCUUGGUUUGUGAAGGGCACACAGAUGCUGGUGUCCAAAUGGACGUUGGAUUUCAAGGCCCAUCAGGACGCGACUUUUGCGCCUGUGUGGGUUUCCAUGCCAUCUCUUCCACUGCCGUUAUUUAAUUCGGUUUAUGUUGCCAAACUUGCGAGCCUGCUGGGGCGUUGUCUGAAGAUUGAUUCGGCGACAGUGAAGCUCAAACGGCCUUCAGUUGCGCGGGUUCUGAUUGAGAUGGACGUCUCGAAGCAACCCCCUCCCCGCAUUUGGAUUGGGGAGAAUCAGGAAGGGUUCUGGCAGGAUGUGGAGUAUGAAUCCUGGCCGCAGUUUUGUGGUUUUUGUACGCGGUUUGGUCAUGUCGAAGGAGAGUGUUUUAGGAAGCAUCCGGAUCUAAAACCGGUACGCAGAUUGGUAACGGAGAGAGGGAAACCCAAGGAGGUUUACCGGCCUAAGGGUAUCUCUGGCACUAAUGGGCCGAGUUUAGGGCUCCUUAAGAACGGGGAGGAUAUUCAGCAGGCCGAGGGGACCCGGGAUGCGAGUCUAGGCAGCGAGGGGAACGAUAAUGAAGCUGGGAGGUCAGAGCAUGCUGAAACGGAGGGAUUGGAACAUGCAAGGGUUCGGGAGGCGCAUUAUGUGAUGGAACAACAGGUCCAGGAGGGGUCACGUAUUGUGGUGGAGCCGUCUAAUCUGUUGGUGGAGGCUGAGGCACUGGCUGGGGCUGGUUCGGUUGCAGCAUCUCCAACCGCGUCACCGGGGAAGGCUUCCCUGGAGCAGCUGCAAGGCUGGGAGAGGGUGGAGUGCGAGAAUAUCUUUGACGUCUUACACUCUCUUUCGGAUAUGGAUAUGCAGGAUGUAGAUCACAUCCCAGCCAGGUCGGCGUCCCAGGAGCGACCUGCUAGGCAGGGACAUAGACGGCAGUGUUCGGAUGGGGAUAGGCCAGGGGAGACAGUGCCAUGGGAGCAGUUAAAACAAUUCCAGACAGUGUUGCAUCACAGGUUGACCGCUGCCCCGACUGGUUCAAGAAUAGGGAAGGAGAUCCUCGAAGGGUUGGAUCGGCCAGUCGUGGAGAGUGGUCAGUUAGGGGAUAGACACAAGGGUGGUAGGCAGGCUAAAACAUCUCUCCGCAAGGGUCAAUCCCAAUCUCAAACUCAUUAUUCUUUGAGAUCUUAUAUAAGGUUGCUAGUUCUUCUGGAACCAUUAUCGGAACCAGCACAGCUUGAGGUGGUUCGUCGGUUUCUUGGGUUUGAUAAGGCGUUGGGGGCGUUGAAUAACAAGCUGUGGGUUUUCUGGUAUACUGACUUGUCACUGAGCUUCAGGGAAUUGGCGGAGCAACUUCUUCACAUGCACAUUGCUUUCCAUUCUGGAUGUUCAGUGCAGCUCUCGGCAGUAUAUGCGCGGUGUUCAAGGGUGGGGAGACGCGAACUGUGGUCGGCAAUGGAAGGGUUGGCGGGAGAAGUGCAGGGGCCAUGGUUACUGGCAGGAGAUUUCAAUGUCAUCACCUGUAUGGAGGAGCGUAUGGGUGGGGCUCCGGCAAAUGUAACAAAUAUGGAGGAAUUCAAUGAGUCAAUUGGUAAGUGUGGUUUGGCCGAGGUCCCUUUCGAUGGCGCCGGGUUUACAUGGACGAAUGGUAGGAUGUGGCAGCGGUUGGAUAGGGCCUUAAUGAAUCGGGAGUGGGCAGAUGGAUAUGAGCUCUCGCAUGUCUCCCACUUGGCCAGGGGACGUUCGGAUCAUGCUCCGCUGCGGAUUUGUUGUCAGAAUGGGAGUCCUAGCAAACGGUCUUUCAAAUUUUUAAAUGUUUGGCGGCAUCAUUCGGGUUUUAAGGAUGCGGUGCACAAUUGUUGGCAGCAGCCGGCAGAGGGGGAGGGUAUGACGAAGUUUUAUAACAAGUUACGGGUGGUCAAGGGUGGGCUGCGUGUGUGGAACGCCCAGGUGUUUGGAAACAUUUUUAGUAAGGUGAAGGAGGCUGAGGCAAUUUUGAAACAACGUGAGGACGAGUUUGACAAUGGGAGAGGUUCUGUGUCCAGGGCAGUGGUGGAGGAGGCAAAGGCGGCUCAUGCAAGGAGCUUGGCAACGGAAUGUGAAUAUUGGCGGCAGAAGGCGGGAAUCAAAUGGCUACAGGUGGGGGAUGCUAACACGGCUUACUUCCACUCUCGUUACCGUCAACGCCGAAAUGAUAAUUUUGUGUCUCGAAUCAAGGAUCCGGCAGGCCCAUGGAUGGAGGAUAUUCAUGAUAUCAGGAGGUCUGCAGUGGAGUUUGUGUCCUCUUUGUUUGAGUCGGAGCAACAUGGGUGGCAUGCUCCGGGCCUUCCCUUUACGUUGCCUAAACUAUCGGCAGUGGAUAACGAUAUGCUGUUGGCGGUUCCAGGCAUGGAAGAAUUGCAGGAGGUGGUGCAUGGGUUCGAGGUUGAUAGUGCUCCUGGGCCUGAUGGGUUUGGAGCGGGUUUUUACCAAUCCUGCUGGGACAUUAUCAAAGCAGAUUUGCUGGAGGCGGUGCAGGCAUUUUUUCAGGGUAUGAGGUUGCCUAGGAGUUUUACUAGCACUUCUAUUAUUUUGCUACCCAAGAUUGCGGGUGCCAGGUACUGGAAGGACUUUCGGCCUAUUAGCCUUUGCAACACCUGUUCGAAAAUUAUCUCUAAGAUUGUGGCGAAUCGGUUGGGGAGAGUCCUCCCUGCGUUAAUUUCUCCAUGGCAAACUGGGUUUGUGUCUGGUAGGGGGAUAACAGAUAAUAUUCUUCUCACGCAGGAGCUGGUAGCGGAUUUAGAUCGGAGGUUGAGUCAUCCGAACCUCAUGUUAAAAUUGGAUAUGGAGAAGGCGUAUGACAGGGUCGAGUGGCCAUUCCUGUUGUUUAUGCUUCGGCAAUUCGGCUUCGCGGAGCAGGUGGUAGAUAUUUUCUUUCGGCUGGUGUCUAAUAAUUGGUUUUCGGUGUUGGUGAAUGGUGAGGCUGCGGGAUUUUUUAAGUCUUCACGGGGAGUUCGACAGGGGGACCCGGUCUCCCCUGGCCUCUUUGUGCUGAUAUCAGAAUUUUUAGGCCGGGGGCUGCAUCACCUUUUAAGUAAUCAGCCGGGCAGGAAUUUUGUGUCAGCCGGGACCCAGGUUCCGUACCUAGCGUUUGCGGAUGACAUGCUGGUCUUUACCAGGUGCUCAGAGGAGUGUCUGGCCGCAAUUAAGGUUUUUUUAGAAGAAUAUCAAGACGCUUCUGGUCAGAGGGUGAAUGUCACCAAGAGUUCUUUCUUGUUGCCGUCGGGGGCUUCUUCGGGGCAGGAGCAGCUGGUGAGGAGGAUCCUGGGUUUUCACAGGGGGGUUUUCCCGUUCACUUAUCUGGGUGCCCCUAUAUUUAAGGGUAGGCAGAGGAGUGUGCUUUUUGAUGGGAUUUUGGCGCAGAUGCGGGCUUUGCUAGGCCAUUGGAGCACUAAGCUGCUUUCUUUUGGGGGUAAGCUGGUUUUAGCGAGACAUGUUCUUGCGUCAUUGCCUAUGUAUUUACUACAGGUGGUAAAUCCCCCAAAGGCGGUGGUUACUCGGUUGGGGAUCAUUUGUAACACCUUCCUCUGGGAUCAGAGGGGGGACAGGCGGACUCAUUGGGCUUCAUGGGAUAAGUUGUGCUUUCCACUUGUGGAAGGGGGUCUGGGGUUUAGGUCGUUUAAGGACAUGGCUCGGUCUUUUGCGGCAAAGCUUUGGUGGCGGUUCCGGAAUGGUGGUUCCAUGUGGGCGGAAUUUAUGCAUGCAAAAUACAGUAAGGGGAGGCAUCCUUCGGAGGCAUCAUCAGCUCGGGCUUCGCCUACUUGGCGACGGCUAGAGGCGAUUCGGUCGUUGGUGGAACCGCAUAUUCGGUGGAGUUUAGGUAAGGGCCUGGUGGAUUUUUGGAAGGAUAGAUGGGUCCUUCAUGAGCCGUUAGAGGAGGUUGUGGGUCGUCCGGAGAGGCCUCAUUUUCUUGUUGCAGAAUUUUUGACUAAUGAAGGCUGGGAUGAGGCGCGUCUUGCCAAGUGGGUUCCGAAUUUUGUGUUGCGUGCGAUCCAGGACAUACCGUUCGAUUUGUCGCAGAAGGACAGGUUGGUCUGGAUGCUUUCACCGUCGGGUUCUUUUUCGGUUAAGUCGGCUUGGGAGCUGCUUCGCCUUCGGAAGCCGCACUCCUUGGUCGAUUCCUUACUGUGGCCGUCGGCUUUGCCAGCAAAGAUGUCUUUUUUGGCUUGGAGAUUAGUGCGGAAUUUCCUGCCGUUGGAUGUUGUGUUACGGUCUCGAGGUUUGUCGAUUCCAUCUAGAUGUGGGUGUUGUUACCGGGAGGAGGAGGUGAGCUUGCAUGUUUUUUGCACUGGCCCGGUAGCUUCGCAAGUUUGGAGGAAAAUCUCUAGCCGGUUUGGGUUUAAGUUGGUGAAUUGCUCGAGCAUGGCGUCGGUGUUCAUAUCUUGGUAUUUCUCGUCUCCUUCAGUGUCAAAAAACCACAUUCGGGUGAUGAUGCCAAUUGUGGUUUGUUGGUUUCUAUGGGCUGCCAGGAAUCAGGAGCGAUUUCAGGGAGUGCGUUGGGAGGUAGAUAGGAUAAUCCGCGAUGUGGAUGGGUUUUGGGAGCAGCUUGGAAGGGCAAAUAAGCUUCAACGGUCGCAUUUCACGGGGGAUGGGGAUUGUGAAUUGCUCCAACGUAUUAAAUCCCCUCCUAGGAGACGGGUUCCCUGUGCGGUUGCCUGGGAUAAACCGCCUUUUGGGGUGCUAAAAUUGAACUCGGACGCCAGUGUAAUCCAUGGUCAGGCCAAGGGUGGGGGUCUACUGCGUGAUUGUCACGGGACAUUGGUCUUUGCGUACUACAAGGAACUCGGGGAACAGGAUGUUUUAGGGGCAGAAUGUAUGGCAUUAUUGUGUGGCCUACAGUUGUGUUUACAAAGGGGGUUGCGGCCUUCGUUGGUGGAGGUGGACUCCAAGGCUUUGGUGCAAUUGGUGGGUUCUGGGGCGAGUGCAAGGUGGCCUUUGUGUAACGAUUUGCGGAAAGUGAGGGGCCUCCUGGAGGGUUUUUCUGCUUCCAUCUCUCAUGUUUUUCGAGAGGCCAAUUUACCUGCAGAUAGAUUAGCUGUGGGGGGGCCAACUAGCGGUCAGGUGUAUGAGCAGGAGAUCCAGCUUCCGGCAAUGGUUAGGGCUGCUAUGGCGCUUGAUUCACGUGGAGUGCCGGGGUUGCGUUGGUGCUAUGAAGAAAGGUAG